CCCCCCACCGUCCUUCGUCGUCCCUUGUUUCACCUUUCCAUCGUACCCUUUUCAAACCCCUAAAUCACUACCCUCUCUAGGACUCCUUCAUCGACACUCUCUGAUUCCCCGUCAUCUACACCCCAUCUCUAUUAAUCAGUCCGCCUCCAUCGUCAAACCCUCUGCAUGGAUAAAAUAAAUCUGGUAAAAGAUGUCAUGUUAAAUGAAAACCAACAUGUUAAUGAUUCGUCGCCUAUUUCAGACCCGCCUAGCCCGGUUCCAUUAAAACUUUACAUCGUUCGUUUUGGGGGAUCUAGUUCUUCUGAAACUAAUCCCAACUCGCGCCUGCGGAAGAAAUAUGGUGAUAAUCUCGUUUCUGACACGUGCGAUGGCUUGGAUGGACUUGAUGAGGAGGAUGGAGAAGAGGUGUCAUCGGUGCCCGUGGAGGGUAGACUGACAGAAGGCUUCAAUGUGGGGUCAGAAGAAGAGGAAGGAUAAACAGGAUUGGCGGAAGGGGAUAGUAGCGACGACGUGGAAGGAGUUUGCAGGCUUUGAUAUGGUAAUUGCCAAGUGGUAGCUUAAAGCCGGGUCACUUUCAGCUUUUAAAAUAAUUGGACCUGUGCUCCAUGGGAUGGAAACC